UUUUGCUUUUGCUUCAUAUCUCCGCUUAGAAACCGAGCGGUUAAGCACUUUUAUAUCUCAUCUGCUGUAGGGUUAGCCCAGCCCGCGUCCAAUAUUUUAACUCUUAUGCUAGAAACUUUAUUUUAUAGCUUUGUUAUCUUCAAUUGUUUAAUUUGGAAAAUGGGUUUUGUAGGUUGGAGAAAUUAGAGAAGCAUCUAACAAGGCAACCACUCCCAGAACUUAAGCUGUUUUUGGAAGUAGAGCUGCUGGAAGACAGGCAGAGAAGAGAUGGAUGGUGUUAGCAAUCUACCAGACGAGGUUCUUUGUCACAUACUCUCUUUCCUCACCACAAAGGAAGCUGCUUUGACAUCCAUUCUCGCCAAGAGGUGGCGCAACCUUCUUGCAUUCGUCCCUUCUCUCACCAUCGACGACCACCCUGUGUUCCUCCAUCCCCAAUAUGGUAAACUCUACAGGCGAGAAAUCAUACAGAGCUUCACACACUUUGUGGAUAGAGUUUUGACGUUGCAGGGCUCUCCACUAAAGAAACUCUCCCUCAAGUGCCCUACCGUGGAUGACACAGCUCGUGUGGAUGGUUGGAUCAGCAAUGCGUUAGCUCGUGGUGUCUCUGACCUCGACCUAACAAGUGGUGUCAGCUACCAGCUCUCUCCAAAGUGCAGCACACUGGUUAAGCUGAAACUAAACGGUUGGAUUGAUAUUGCUUUGGUUGGUGGUGGCGUUUCCGUUUCCUUACCGUUGCUCAAAACUCUAGCUCUUGACUCGGUUGGGGUUUGUCCUAAAGAGUUUGAGAGUCUGCUUCGUGCCAUGCCUUCUCUUGAGGAGUUGAUUCUGGUUAAUGUAGGGUGGAGAGAUAGGGAUGUGAAAGUGUCAAGUGCAAGCCUCAAGACCCUAACGAUAGAGUUAGGCCGUUUUAUAAAUCGUUAGCUAUUAAGAGUGACAAGGGUUGCGGAUGGCAAGCAAUGCCAGCUCUUCUAGGGAACUGUCCAUGUUUAGAAACUCUAGUCAUUGAGGGGGGUCUCAUGCACGAUGAUGUGACGUAUAUGUGCGGGGGUGGUUGUGGCUGCUUUUAUAGGCAGCGCAGAGGACCUUCACUCGGAUGUUGUCCAGUAAAAGUGGUGAAGAUUCACGGGUUUCGAGGAACGGUGAAAGGGAUGGCAAUGCUAGAGCUUUUCUUGGACUAUUUGCCAUGUUUGGAGGAGAUGAGGGUCUAUGUUCAAGAAGAGAAUGAUAGUCCUACUAGAGAGUU